UAUUGCAGAGAAGGGGAGGUGGAGCUGAAUGACACGCACACUGUGUAAUGAUUGAGUAGCUUGCACACACGUACAUUCCUACAUAUAGGACAGGAUGUUUGCCCAGUUAUCUUCUGCGAGCACAGAUCGGGUGAAGGAGGCUGUGAAAAGCUUGCUGCAGUUCAUAGAGAUUACUACGAGGAUAUCGGGGGCACAUUCUGUGGAGUUUUAUACACAAGAUGUGUGGAAGAACCAGGUUGCUGUAUCACCAGAGGCUGUGUUGUCAGCUUUUAGCCAGCAGAAAGAGUUGGAGCAUGGUUGCAGAGAUGCCCCUGAUGUAUACCAAAUAUUUUCUAAAGCAACUAAGCAACUGGUGAAUUUGGAAGCAUUUGUGGAGGCAGCUCUGCAUUAUUCUUUAAUAAAUAUGGGAUUAUGCACACCCAUUGAAGAACUGAUUGAUGCCUUUGCUACACGAAAACCAGAGCAAACUGAUAAAGAAAUAAAAACAGACCAGUUUAUGAAUGAUAAGAAAUCACAUGAAGUUGUGGUCAUGUCAUCGCUGGUGGAAGGCAUUGCAAAUAUCUAUCACAUAAAACAGGUUAUAGAUUUGGGAGCUGGAAAAGGUUAUUUAAGCUCAUAUUUAUCCAUGCGUUAUAACCUAAACGUUUAUGGGAUAGAUUCUUCUCAUACCAAUACAGAUGGAGCUAACAAGAGAAACCGGAAAUUGAAAAAGUAUUGGCAAGUCUAUAAAACAAAUGCCAGAACCACUUCAAAAGCACAGAAAUCUGACCAAAAGGGAGAGUGUUUAUUGCCAACAAAUCAUUGUCCAGAUACAAAUGCUGAUGAAGACAUUUCAAAACUGAGGGAGGAUGAUUUAAUAUUGAAAGGACCAUCUAUUUCCAACUCAGCUGAAGAUAAAAUGAGCGUUUUAUCUUGCUCUUCUAAGUGGCCAAACCAGGAAGACCCUGUUUAUCCAGAACAGAAUACAGACACAGAAACAGUGGAUUCCUCAUGUAACACAUGUUCCUUUUUGGAUGUUUUGCCCGCAGGGGCUGUAGAGUUGCCCUCCAUGUCGGAAAAUGUUUGCAAAGUCCUCAGUCACCAAGAAAAAGAAAGACGGAAAAUGGAGAACAUAAAAGCCAAAAAUCUGAAAGAAUCACAUGUUUAUUCACCCCUUACUUCCUAUGUCACUGCAGAGACGGAGCUCCAUGACCUAAUUGCUGAUCUAGAGCAAUCCAUUAUGGUUGGCUUGCACACAUGUGGGGAUCUUGCUCCGAAUACAUUGCGUAUUUUUGUUGCAAAACCAGAAGUUAAAGCUGUGUGCAGUGUUGGCUGCUGUUAUCAUUUUCUGUCAGAAGAAUUUGAUACUCUAGAAGAUCAUACAGAUGGAACAUGGGGAUUUCCGAUGAGUGAGUAUUUGAAGGAGAGAAGCUGCCACAUUGGUAGAAAUGCUAGAAUGUCGGCUUGUUUGGCUCUAGAGCGUGUUGCGGUCGGCCAAGGGCUUCCUACCGAGUCCUUGUUCUAUCGGGCAGUGCUUCAGGUCAUCUGCAAAGAAGUCUAUGGAAUCACUCAAAGGUCCUAUUCGAUAGAUCCACAGAACAAGAAUGUCCUUCAAAUCGACCAACGUGUUGGAAAAAUAUUCUCCAAGUCAGCAGGCUUCACUGACUAUGUCAGGAAAUCACUGAAAAAAUUUGGCCAAGAUGACUUAAAGCUUUCAGACCAGGAAAUAAUGGGAUACUACAAGAAGUAUGAUCCCAGAAGAAAUGAGCUGGAGGCUUUUAAUAGGCUGAAGGUUUUUCUGGCACCUUGUAUCGAGGCCUUGAUCCUGCUGGACCGCCUGUGCUAUCUGAGAGAACAGGAGAACAUUGCCUGGUCCGGACUGGUGAAGCUGUUUGACCCUGUGAAAUCCCCAAGAUGUUAUGCAGUGGUUUCACUGAAACAGCCAUAAGGUUGCAGAGUGUGGCAUAAGUUGUAUUUCUGUAUAGUCUGCAUAAAUUGUGUAUAUCUUAGUGAUUUAAUAUGUGUUUAUCCUCAUAAAUAUGUGUAAAGGUUACUUUUGUUAUGCUCAAUUGUGCCUCAGUAAUUGCAUGUCAUUUUUCAAAGCUGAUACAUAAAAUUUAAAAUGUCCUUAAGAUAUAAUUAGUGAAAACUUUUAUUCUGCUUAAGUCUAAAGACCACACUUUGUUUAGAUGGGCACAAAGGAUUAUGCAAUAUAAUCAAAUCCUUUGACUUUUAUUAUUGGAAAAAACAUUAGCAGCUCAAUCAAAAUAAAAGAGUUGGAAAGAUGGGCUCUA